UUGCCCUUACUACUACUCCAAUUUGCGUCCACGCCAACAGAAUCAACAUUUCAGGUAAUUUUCACAACGAACGUUGCGGAGACAUCGAUAACAAUACCAGGUGUCCGGUAUAUUGUGGAUUGUGGUUUGGCUAAAGUGAAAAAGUUUGAUGCUGUUCGGCGGAUCAGUGUCGUGGAUCUGGAUUUGAUCACCAAAGUUUCAGCAGAACAGCGAGCUGGAAGAGCCGGAAGGACAGCACCGGGUUUGUUGAACAUUAUGAGUUAG